AUGCGCGACGCGAACGAACGAUACGAGGAAGAGUUUAAGAGAGAGGUAAUCGUGCUGGGCCGGCUGACCCACCCGCUGCUCGUGCGUCUGCACGGCUACUGCAUGGAGGGGAAUGAGGCUCUGCUCGUGUACGAGUUCAUGACGAGGGGCAGCCUGGACAAAGCGCUAUUAGACAGUGCAAAGGGAGAGCUCUUCUUCAGCUGGAACAUGCGACUCAAGGUGGCGGUGCAAGUGGCAGAGGCCCUGGCGUAUUUGCACGGAGCCAACUUGAUCCACCGCGACCUGAAAGCGGCUAAUGUGCUGCUGUCUCCGGAGUGCGAUGCAAAGCUGACAGACUUUGGAAUGGUGCUCGUGGGGCCGGAUAGGCAGCUGCAAUCGAUCGUGUCGACCCGCGUCAUGGGCACCCGGGGGUACACCGACCCAUCGUACAUGGAGACAGGUCACUUGGGUGCCAAGAGUGACGUUUACUCCUUUGGCGUUCUCCUGCUAGAGCUGGUAACCGGCAGGAGAGUGGUGGACGAGGGAGAAAAGAUGGUCAUUGAGUGCCGAACACGCUUCUCAGACCUCACACCCGCCGAAUAUAUCGAUCCUAGGCUCGGUAACCAAUACCCGGAGCAAGGAGCCCAAGGCUUGGCGACUCUGGCUCGGCACUGCGUGGCAGAGGCUCGGUCAAGCCGGCCGGAGACUGGGACAGUACUGGAGAAACUCAGGCUGUUGGUGAGAGUGUGUGAGAAUGAUAAGGCGGAGACGGCAGCUCAAGCUGCGGCAUUGGAGACGGGGGGCUCAGGGUCGGUUGAAGGGGAGGAUACGGAGGUGAAUGGUGAAGAGGGGUCGUCAGCAGCUGUGGCACCUCCACUAGUAUAG